AAAAGAAAGAAAGUGGGAGAGCAAUGCAUAAACACAUCUCCUCUGUCCUCUCCAUUUCUUGACUUUUUUUUGGGUGGACUUUUUUUCGAUUGAAAAUACAAUUGCUGUUUCAAAUAAUUCAUUGUUUGAAUUAAACUCAUCAAAUCGAAUGCAGAAUUUCUGGAUAAUUUCACAAAACUUUGUAUGAAUCGACGACGACGACGACGACGACAUUAACCAGUCUGGUUGUUAGAUUGUGAUCAAUUCCCAAUUGAUCAUCAAUUUCAUCAAUCAUCAAUGGCAGGCGCAGCAUCAGCGUUGUACCUGUUAGAUAUCAAGGGACGAGUUCUUAUAUGGCGCGACUUUCGAGGUGAUGUUUCCGCUGUAGAAGCCGAACGCUUCUUCACCAAUCUCCUGCAGAAACAGGAUGAUGUGAUUUCUCAAGGGCCAGUUAUAUACGAGAAAGGAGUGACAUACAUGUUUGUGCAGCACAAAAAUCUUUACUUGAUGGCAGCCUCUCGCCAGAACUGCAAUGCUGCUAGUCUUCUUCUUUUCCUUCAUCGAGUUGUUCAGGUGUUUAAUCAUUAUUUCGAAGAAUUCGAAGAGGAAUCACUGAGGGAUAACUUUGUUGUUGUGUAUGAACUUCUUGAUGAAAUGAUGGACUUCGGUUACCCCCAAUACACUGAAGCAAUGAUUCUCAGUGAGUUCAUCAAAACGAAUGCUUAUAAGAUGGAAGCUGUACAUCGGCCACCCAUGGCUGUAACAAAUGCAGUUUCUUGGCGUAGUGAAGGGAUUAAAUACAAGAGAAAUGAGGUCUUUUUGGAUGUGAUAGAAAGUGUAAACAUACUAGUUAACAGCAAUGGCCAGUUAAUUCGUUCAGAAGUUAUUGGGGCAUUGAAGAUGAGAGCAUACUUGAGUGGUAUGCCUGAAUGCAAACUUGGCCUAAAUGAUAGAAUUCUAUUGGAGGCUCAAGGUCAAACAACCAAGGGAAAGGCCAUUGAUAUGGAGGACAUUAAAUUUCAUCAGUGUGUGCGUUUGGCACGAUUUGAGAGUGACAGAACAAUAUCCUUCAUACCUCCUGAUGGGUCCUUCGACCUGAUGACAUACCGAUUAAGUACUCAGGUGAAACCACUCAUUUGGAUUGAAGCUCAGGUCGAAAGAUACUCAAAAAGUCGUGUAGAGAUCAUGAUCAAAGCUAGGAGUCAGUUUAAGGACCGAAGCUACGCAAACAAUGUUGAGAUCGAUCUGCCUAUUCCACCUGAUGCCACAAAUCCUAAAAUCAGAACAUCAAUGGGAACUGCAGCAUAUAAACCUGAAAAUGAUGCAAUUCAAUGGAAAAUCAGAUCUUUUCCUGGAAAUAAGGAGUAUCUCUUGAGGGCGGAAUACACACUUCCUAGUAUAAGUUCUGAUGACGGUGUUCCUGAAAGAAAAGCACCUGUACGUGUCAAGUUUGAGAUACCGUAUUUUACCAUCUCAGGAAUCCAGGUGAGGUAUCUAAAGGUUAUCGAAAAAAGUGGAUAUCAGUCUCUGCCAUGGGUGAGAUAUAUAACAGCAGCAGGCGAUUAUGAGAUACGGCUCACCUGAAAGCUACUGUCAACAUGUGAAUAGAAACAGCAGGAGUAAGUUUUGUAAUCCUUCCUCAGAUUUAAGAAGUAAAUGAAGCUUGAUAGUUUGUUUUCAACUCUCACAAUCUGGUUCCUGGUUUCUGCUGUUUCAAGGAUGGUCAAUUAUUUCAAGAUCUUGUAUCAAAUCGGUACACGAACAAUUUUAGCAGAUGUUUGCUGCCACAAUUGUUCAGUAAGGGAGAUUAGCUAGCUCUGAAGUAAGACGUAUUAGUAGAGCUUAUAUGCAGUGGAGAAGUUUUGAUCGGUGAAAUAUUAAUGUUUUCAAGACAAUUUUGUUGUCUUAAUUGACUCACUAGUUUGUUGUUGUGAAUGAACAUAUAUAUAUUUUGUAAAUCCAAGCAUGAAUAUCAUUUUUGCACUAAA